ACUGACAACCACUAACAAACUAUUUGUCAAGAGAAACACGAAAACAUUUUUUAAGACUAUAAUUUAAUUGUUUAUAUCAAAUCCAUUACGAUUAUCAUGCUAUGAUUACUGUCAAUAAUCAUUUAAAUAGUUUCUGAUAGUUUCAUAUCUACCAUGUAUAUUGAUUUCUGUUGAAUUCAUAAUCGUAGGUUACAUUUUUGUAAGACAAGUGAUGAUUCGAUAGAUAUUUGUGUUUAAAGAGAGUUAAGUACAUUUAAGAAAUACGUCAUUUAUCAAGUUUAGUAAAAUGAGUAACAUACAGUAUGUACAAAUAAAAGACUUAAAACCUGGCUUGAAGAACAUCAACGCUGAGUUUAUUGUUUUGGAGGUGGGUCCACCGACGUUGACCAAAGAAGCACGUGAAGUGCGUACCCUGCGUGUAGCCGAUGCCACCGCGUCGGUCAACCUGUCGGUGUGGGACGAGCCUGGAGCGCUGCUGCAGCCGGGAGACAUAGUACGCCUCACGCGCGGGUACGCGUCGCUGUGGCGCGCCGCGCUUACUCUAUACUCAGGAAAGUCGGGGGAUAUUCAAAAAGUAGGAGAGUUUUGCAUGCUCUUUAACGAGCAAGUGAAUAUGAGCGAGCCGCAGCCGACACCGCCGCCCGCUCCCACGGGAGGAGCCGCGGUUGCCGCUGAUCGCUCCAACGGCGCUCACACGCCACUGCGAGCGCUGCAGACUCCACCGGCAGUGACGCCGCAGCAUGCUGCUAAGCAGGAUCGCUUUGCACCUCCAGCACAAGAGCACAGUGGCAAGCAUGCUCACAAGACGUAUGUCCGUGGCCGAGGACACCAGCGAGGAAACAACAGGAGGUAGCAUGUGCUACCAGCAAUCAUUGUAAAGGCUGCGUUAGUAAUGGCUGACAAACUCUUAUGUGCUGUGAUGCUAAAAGGAAGGUUCUAGUUAUAAGGGCAAUGUGUAUAUUAUCUAUCUAUGGAUGUACCCCUUAAAAUAGUAAAUCUAUUUGAAUCUUACACUUA